AUGCCGAACAAGAAACCCAAGAGCAACAAAAAGGCCAGAAGCAUCAAAGGAUGGUCUCUAUACUCCGCACUGCAUAACGACGUACUGCAACUUCUUCAAGAAGACAACCUCACUUUCAAAUUCCACAAUGACGACAAUGACGACAACUCCAGACGUGAUUAUGACACGAACAUCAUGGGCCAGUUUGCAUGCCGGAACCAUGCGUGUCAUGCAAAUGGUUGGGCGAGCAAGAGAAUCCCCGUGACGAUCCGAAUGUACGAUGGGCAACGAUACAAUGCCAGGGUUUACCAUCAGCGGUGCAGACAAUGCAACUCGCUGAGCCGCCCAACGCUGGACAGCUCGUACGCUGAGAGAGUGGCAUAUCGCCUCAAGGUUUGGUGCGGGAUUCCAAUGCAACCACCCAACUUCGUCAGGAAACCGGCAAAGAAACCUCAUGCGAGUGAGUUAUGUGAGGGCUGCAAAGCAGGGCAUUGCAGAGAGGGAUGA